AUGGAUUCGACGAAGUUGGGCGGUCCAACGCCGACCAGUCCGAGGACUCAUUCGCCAGUCCUGCCGAGCUACUCUGCGCCCGGUGACGGUAAUAUUGAUUACAUAAUAGGCGAUUACAUGGAGAGACUAGGCACGAGACUGAACAUCCUCGAAACUGAGUUGAAAUAUGCUUGGCGGGCGUUGGAUCUUCUCAGUCAGGAGUACAUCAAAAUGUGGGAAAGAUUAGAAAAGUUAGAGGGUCUGCUAUACGAGCAGCAGACAGUUAUCAGCCAGUUGAUCGAGUUUUAUACUAGCGGUGGUACUCAUGACAACGUGAAUAUCGUCGAGGAGACUUUGGCUAGUGAACAAGACUCGGUAGGCGAGCUAGACGCGAUAGCGAAGAGUCUGAGUGCUGCGAUAAGCAUUGAGGAAACCACUGUACUACGGGAGAAACUGGCUCAACAGGAGCUGGCGAGGAUGCACGGACUCACGCAGGAUAGUACAACGGCCGCGGCUGUGGUCACUGACAUGCAUAGGAAUGUCAGGAAUUUGGACACUUUGGAGACCCUCGAGGAAGAGGGCAACAUUCCCGACGAGGCAUUCUAUAGAAGCCUGAAUAACGCCUACAGAGAAGAUCUAAUUUGCGGCGAUACAUCAAGACCGACGUCGCAGCUGGGUAUGAUCUGGGAAGAGGCUGAAGAUGAGGAUAUAAACGGUAAGAAGGAGAUCGAACCCAGCAUAUUUGACAAAGCUAUACCAAAGGAAAAAGAACUGGAAGAGUUGUCUAGCCAACCGACCAAAGAGGAAGUGCAAACUUCUAUAAUGAAAAAGGAAGACGAGGCGGAUGAAGACGAGGGUGAGGUAUUCAGUGCGGCCGAUUAUAAAAGUUACAGAGGAAACACGCCGUGCGUCAGUGAGCAAGAUCUCGCUCAACUUUCAAGACUCAGCUCUCUCGAUCAGGUGGCAUUAGAAAAAUUGCAUGAGAUAGAUAGGCUAACCAGUAAGUUGCAAAAGGAUUCGCAAAAUCUAAUAGAACUGCAAUCGAGAUUGAUAGAUUCGCCAAAACGGAAUCAGUACGCGUCCGAAGCUGAGGCCAAACUAGCUGAGGAAGCAAGUAGCAUAGACGAACAGCUGAGAAAGAUUUACGCGGAAACUGACGUGGACAGCUGGACUUUUUCCAAAAGUCCCAGCUCCACAGGCAGAUCGAUCUCCAGAGUCAGCACUGACAGUGGAUUGGCCACCGAUGGCGACUUUACAACGAGAUCUAUAUCGCCAAGACUGACCUCUACGUCCAGGAGUAAUUUAGACUCCAUUUCGACUACUUAUACCCCGCCUAGAUUAGGAUAUACAUCGGCCAUACUAGAAAAGAGUCCGGAGCCCGUGAUUCAGUUGCCGAUCGAUGUUGGUAGCUUUGCGAAGGGAUACGCAGAGAACAAGGAACUGACAGAUCUGAUGGCCGAGAGCUUCGCGACCGCCGUCACUUGCGCCUCGCCCAACAUUUACAGCACGACCACCGAAAAAGUAUCGUCACCCACUUUAUCAGCCGGCAGCGUACACAGUGUUCACAGUGUCCAGGGUCUCCGCACCAGACAGGACGGUUACUUUGGCAGCGCAGCUCGGCUCAAUCUUGAAUUCCAGGAAAGUCGUACACCACCUAGUCCGUCGCCUAGCUCACCACCUCCGCCAGCGCCGCGAGACACCACCGAAACCUUCCUCAUGCCCGGCGCAGAACAAAGAGAACCAGAAACGAAGAGGUCUCAGAGCCCGAGUUUCCUGCGAAACGCGGAAAAACUGGUCUCUAUGGAACAGGGUCGUCUCAGUCCCCAUCAGUCGCCGAAAUCACCGCGAGUCUCGCCAAAACAUGCGGUUAAAUCCAGCAGUGCCGCUAACAUAGUCACAGCUAAGUCCGAUUCCGGUCUGUCCUCUAUGAGCGGCUGGAGCAGCUUAGACAAGUCGCCGUGUUCUCCGAAGAGCUCUAUCGCUAAAAUGCUGACUUCUUAUUCGGUGGAUCACACCCGUACGAGUAGUCUUAUACCCAGUACACAGCCCGCCAGAACAUCUAGUCCAAUACCGCCGCUUCCAGAGACGACCACUACCACCACUAUCACGCAGGAACCUCUUUAUGACACUCCCGAGGGUAGAGACGCCUUUGCGAGCACCAUGACGACAACGUCAAGUCAUCCUUAUACAACGACAAUGAAUCACUUGUCGGCUUAUACAACCGCCAGCAAGUCGCCGGUCAAAGAAGACUAUACUUUUGUGCCACCGCCAGCUCCGGGCGUAACUACCACUUGUCAGAGUCCCAAAAAACGCAGUCGUCAGCAGAGCUUGCAACAUACUUACGCGACGUCCUCCAGUACGAGUGCGGAUUAUAUUUACAGAUCGGAACAACCGGCUAUUUACUCUGUGGCCGGUAGUAAUCGACAGCAAGCCAUUACGAGUGUUUAUACAAGCGGUGCUGGAAGUUACGGGCCCAAAACUACUACCUCGGCUUAUUACUCUUCUUCCGAAUCGAUGGAUCAUCAAUAUACCAACUAUCAAGACAGUUACGGCACUCUUCAGUAUGCGGAGACGACAAGUGCUAUAAUGGCUCAUGGAAAGAAGCCAAUACGUGGAAGCUCUUUUACGGAUGGCAUGACGAACCAUGAAGGGUACAAAGCGGCGAUGUAUCGCACCAUGUUCCCCACCGGCAACAUUACGGAUGCUCUCUCGUACUAUCCGACUAGCGUGACUAAUCUGCCGCGUACAGAGACAAACGAGAGCUCAUCGUGGCUGAACUCUAUGGAAGAGCAGAUACCUCACGAUUCAACAUCUUCCAGCAUCAGGUCUUUAACUUCCGACGGGAGCUACGCUCAAAGCCCGUACACGGAUCGAAGGUAUCCCCAGCCGCCGGCCUAUCAAGCGCAUUCGGCGUAUCAACAGCAUCACAUUUACGCGAAUCAGAAUUAUCCGCAAGCUUACCAGCAACAGUAUCAGCCAUACAGUCAGCGACUGAGUAGUGCCGAGAGCGCACAACUCGCGGACGGUUAUCAAAGACAAUGGCAAAGAGAACAUCAGUACAUUCAAGAUCACGAGAGUGGAAGAAUAUCCAUGGAGCAACAACAGACGCAGCAAAGCGAGUAUUACGACGCCUCGAGUGUAAUAGUUUCGCAAUCUGGAUACAUCAGUAUCGCCUCAAAUUUGAAAGAUCAUGAGGUCGAUAAUAGUAAGCUGUCGAAGAAAAUUAGAAGAGGUUCUUCGCUGAAGAACGCAAUGAGCUCUAUGAGCAAUUGGCUGCCCGAUUUGCACCUCACCAAACGUCACAGAAGUCAAUCAUUACCGGGUGGUGUCAGAAGAGAAGAUCUAGACGUGCAAGAAGCUCAGCAGCAAAGAUUGCCUGCUGAAAUGACAGGCAGAGGUCGAGGCAGAGCUCAGACGGCCAGAAAAAAGAAAAAACAUACGCUGGUUUCCACGGUCUCCGGCAUUCUCCAGAAGGCCAAGCGUCGCAGUCAUCAGUCGCAAUCUUUAUCCGAUCCGGAACAGUCUGAGACAGAAUGGAGCAGUGGUCGGCAAAGCGGUCUCUCGGAAGAUGAGGAUAGCGUCAUAUCUGAUAUCGUUCAAGAACCGCCUUUCUUUGCCAAAGUAAAAACUGCGAGCACGAAAAGAAAGCAGCCGCCUCCGAUGCCACCGCAGAUGAUAGCACAACAACAGCAACAACAAGCACAGAUUCAAGCGCAGCAAAAGGAAUAUAUGCAACAGCAGCAACAACUUCAGCAACAACAAGCACAGCUGCAACAACUUCAGCAGCAACAGGCGCUUCAACAACAGCAGCAAGCGCUCCAACAGCAGAUUCAACAGCACCAAGAGCAAUUGCAUCAACAGGCUCUUCAGGAUACGUGGGCCAAAGAGAAAGAAAAUCAAAGAAAAAUGGAGAUUAACGAAUAUGAAACGAACGGCGAUCAGAUGGCUUUGCUCGAAGAAGAAGCUUCUGGUAAGAGUACCGGUUCGGGAUCCGGUGGAUCGUCGAUCUUUCAAACCGUUGGCGAUAUUAAGAGGUCAACAGGCAGUUCGGAUGAGGCUCCCAAUGAGAAGGCACCAAAGUUACCUCCGGUUACCUUGAUCGGUGGCUCGAGCAUGGAAUUCGCUGUGUCACGAGCGCUCGGCAAAUAUCGCCAACGACAAUCCUCGACAGUGUCCGAUGAACAAUUGGUCACUGACGAGAAUAACGAAAAGAAACCAACCGAGGAGGGUCCAACGCAAACUUUGGAAACAAGUUUUGAAUAUCCGGAGGAUGUAUCAGAAAAAAGCGAGAAGAGCGAGAAGUCUGGCAGCGCAAAAUUACCGGAAUUGGUUACCAGUUUAUCAGAAGAAGCUCCGCCGUCAGAGGGCAGUCCGUCGACGUCCAUAAGGGGUUACAAUACUACAGGAGGAACUCGAUUUCUACCUCGCCAUCAGCAAUCUCUAGAGAUUCCUUGGACUGGUUCGCGACCGGGUGAACCUGAUGAGGAUAAUCGCAGCACUCAUUCAUACAGAAGCACAUCGAGAGUGUCUUCAAGACGGCAAAGCACAGAGGAUUCUAUUGAUUCCGAAGACGAAUGGUACUGUUACGAAUUAAGAAAACUCGAAGAGCUGGAGAGACAAUCCGAAAUGGAGAUGACCGAAGCAUUGAUCGAGGAACCUGAAGACGAAGUUUACCAGCCGGAUGAAACGGUAAAAGAGAAGAUGUCGUUUGUAUUGAAGGAGCUCAAGCUCAAAGCCAUCACGAAACCAAAGGAUCAGAGAAAAGAAGGUAGGGAAGAAUCGCGAGGCAGAAUGAACGGUACGGUAAUCAAAGAGCAUCGCUUCGAAGAAAACGAUAGCAGAUAUCGCGACGAAAAGCCUAUUCCUAAGCGAAAAUCUGCAGAAAGUGUGGAAGCUGUAUUCGCCAGGGUGACCGAUUACCAUACGUGGGCGCACGAGUUAGAAGCUAAGAAGGAGAAGCCUCCGCCAUCCACGGAAGAGGGUUCCUCCGGCGAGACAUCCGGUCCGGACAGUCCCGGACAGUCAAUGGACGAGGAAGAGGAAGAAGAGCUGCCGAAGGAUCUCGAAGAGCAGCAGUCACGACGAAGCUCCAACGGUUCGACGCUACGUCACAGCGAGAAGAUGCCACAGGGCUCGGAUUCUUUAUCCCGCGAAGGUAGCGUAAGUGUACCACCUAGCGAAGUGUCGGUCAGCAUCCCGGGAGCUUGGGAUUCUGAAAGCACUGUCCUUGAAGGCCUCGAGCGCGAUGGAGCCGGUAGCGCCGAGACAGCUACAACGGCGACCUUGAGUCUACCGAAGAUCAAGAUCGACUCCUCGUCCUGCGGAAGCUCGGACACGACAUUGAAGGAGGGCCAGGUGAGUCCUGGCCCGCCCGGGUCCAAGUGGAAGCUGCUCAAGGCCUUGAAGGAACGUAAGGCCGAGGAGAAGCUCAAGGAGGUCGAAGAGGCCUCCAAGGAGAACGCUAUCUCUCAGGGACCCACGGCAAACGGCAGCGGGCCGGGCGGCGAGUCCGGUGGACGAGCGAACGGACAUCCAGGCGACAAUCCCUUCUACAGCACCAUCGACAGCAUGCCGGACAUUCGACCGCGCCGGAAGUCGAUACCAUUGGUUUCCGAGCUGGUCUUGAAGACCAUGGCAGCGACGAAGAGGAACGCUGGUCUCACAUCCGCCGUACCUCGAGCGACGCUGAACGACGAGGAGCUGAAGAUGCACGUGUACAAGAAAACUCUGCAAGCGAUGAUCUAUCCCAUAUCAUCAACCACUCCUCACAAUUUUGUCACCUGGACGGCCACAUCACCGACGUACUGCUACGAGUGCGAGGGUCUUCUCUGGGGCAUCGCUCGACAAGGAGUGCGAUGUAUGGAGUGCGGUGUCAAGUGUCACGAAAAGUGCAAGGAUCUUUUGAACGCCGAUUGUUUGCAGAGGGCGGCUGAAAAGAGCUCAAAGCACGGCGCUGAGGAUAAGGCGAAUACCAUAAUCACGGCGAUGAAGGAGAGAAUGAAGCAAAGAGAACAAGAGAAACCGGAGAUAUUUGAACUUAUUCGCACGACGUUUUCAGUCGACCCGGAUACGCACAUAGACAGCCUCGAGCAGGCCGAACAGAUCGUCCUUGAGGGUACCAGCAAGUGGUCCUGCAAGAUCGCCAUCACAGUGAUCAGCGCUCAGGGAUUAAUCGCCAAAGAUAAGAGCGGCACAUCCGAUCCAUACGUGACGGUCCAAGUUGGUAAAGUAAAGAAACGCACGAGGACCAUGCCGCGAGAAUUGAAUCCAGUAUGGCACGAAAAGUUCUAUUUUGAGUGCCACAAUUCGUCCGAUCGAAUCAAAGUUCGAGUGUGGGACGAGGACAACGACCUGAAGUCAAAGCUAAGGCAAAAACUGACGAGGGAGAGCGAUGACUUUCUUGGGCAGACCAUCAUCGAGGUCCGAACUCUCAGCGGCGAGAUGGACGUCUGGUACAACCUGGAGAAGAGGACGGACAAGAGCGCAGUGUCGGGCGCUAUUCGGCUGCAUAUCAGUGUCGAGAUCAAGGGCGAGGAGAAAGUGGCACCUUACCACGUGCAGUACACCUGUCUGCACGAAAAUCUCUUCCACAGUUUGUGCGAGGAGAACGGCGGCAUGGUCAGCUUGCCUCAGGCGAAGGGCGAUGACGCCUGGAAGGUCUAUUUCGAUCCUCCUGGCGAAGAGCUCGUCGACGAAUUCGCCAUGCGUUACGGCAUCGAAGGCAUCUACCAGGCGAUGACGCACUUCCACUGCCUCUCAACCAAGUACCUGUGUCCAGGCGUGCCGGCCGUUAUGUCGACUGUCCUGGCGAACAUAAACGCGUACUACGCCCACACAUCCGCCAGUCCGGCCGUGUCGGCCAGUGAUAGAUUCUCCGCCAGUAACUUCGGGAAAGAAAAAUUCGUCAAACUACUGGAUCAGCUGCACAACUCCCUCAGGAUCGACCUAUCAAUGUACAGGAACAAUUUUCCGGCUUCGAGCCAGGAGAAGCUGAUGGAUCUGAAGAGCACCGUGGACCUGCUGACAAGCAUUACGUUCUUCCGCAUGAAAGUUCAGGAACUGUCAAGCCCGCCACGAGCCAGUACCGUCGUGAAGGAUUGCGUGAAGGCAUGCCUGCGAUCGACCUAUCAGUUCCUCUUCGAGAACUGUUUCGAGAUGUACAAUCGAGAGUUCCAAGUGGAUCCGAUCGAAGCCGCGCGAGACAUGGACGAUCAUGGGCCGCGAUUGGAUUCGCUCAAAUUCUGGCACAAGCUAAUCUCCCUGAUAGUCAUGGUGAACGACGAGGACAAGAACAGCUAUGCACCCGUGUUAAAUCAAUUCCCUCAGGAGCUCAACAUCGGUCAACUGUCGUGUGCCACGACGUGGUCCUUGUUCGCGGUGGACAUGAAGUACGCCCUGGAGGAGCACGAGCAGCAUAGACUGUGCAAAUCCUCGGACUAUAUGAAUUUGCACUUCACAGUUAAGUGGCUGCACUCCACCUACGUCAAGGACGUACCGCCAUAUAAGGGCGCCGUGCCAGAAUAUCCGGCCUGGUUCGAACCCUUCGUCAUGCAAUGGCUCAAUGAGAACGAUGACGUCUCAUUAGAAUAUCUCCACGGUGCCUUUAGUAGAGAUAAAAAGGACGGCUUCCAAAAGAGCAGCGAGCAUGUGCUCUUCAGUGUCUCCGUUGUCGAUAUUUUCACACAGUUGACGCAGUGCUUCGAUGUAGUAUCGAGGCUGGAAUGUUCAGACCCAGAAAUCUGGAAGAGAUACAUGAAGAGAUUCGCGAAGACUAUCGUUAAAGUCCUGUUGGCUUAUGCGGAUAUAGUGAAGAAGGAAUUCCCUAGCCAUUUGAAGGAAGAACGAAUUGCGUGUAUUCUGAUGAACAACAUCCAACAACUUCGGGUUCAAUUAGAAAAAAUGUUCGAGUCAAUGGGCGGUGACAAGCUAGAGGAGGACGCGGCGAACAUAUUGAAGGAGCUGCAACAACAAUUGAAUGGAGCUUUAGACGAUUUGGCUAUACAAUUUGCGAACAGUUUAGAACCGCGAAUAACCGUUUCCGUUAAGGAAUUAGGAGACCUUCUGUUGGCUAUCAAAGGCGGAGGACAGGUAACUCUAUCGCAACCGGCGCAAAGAAACAACGUAACCGUAGAGGCCGACGAUGUUCUGAGGCCGCUCAUGGUUCUACUCGACGGUAGCCUAUCUUUGUAUGCUGAAUCGUGCGAAAAGACGGUAUUGAAGAGAUUAUUGAAAGAACUGUGGAAGAUAGUCAUGAGAAUUUUAGAAAAGACCGUCGUUUUACCACCUAUGACGGAUAAGAACAUGAUGUUCAAGAAUCUGACGGAUAACGCUAAGAAUCUCGCUGCGAACGCCAAAAUAGAAGAUAUGUCGAAGCUAUUUAAGAAUCAUAUGGCUGGGAAACCUGAUGUUAAAAAUGCUCUCAGUGGAGUUAUGGAUAUCUCCAAGGAAGUAGAAAAGAAUCUUUCGCCGAAGCAGUGCGCGGUUCUCGAAGUUGCUCUGGACACGAUUAAACAGUACUUCCACGCCGGCGGUAACGGCUUGAAGAAAACAUUCCUGGAGAAGUCGCCGGAACUGCAGAGCCUCCGUUACGCCUUGAGCUUAUACACGCAGACAACGGAUACCCUCAUCAAGACCUUUGUCACUUCGCAAGUCAAUCAAGUGCCGCUGAACGAUGCAUCAACGCUACGUCAGCGUCAGCGUUCAAUGAGCAGCGAGAGAGGUGACGAAGGGGAAGGAGCCGAGGGUAUGGAAAGCCUCGAGGAACCCCUUCGCCAGAGCAAGCCCUCUCUACGUCGAGAGAGCCGACAAGUUCCAGAUACCGCCGGUUCGGACGAGGGUUCGGUGGGUGAAGUGAGCAUUCAGGUGGAUCUCUUUACACAUCCGGGAACGGGAGAGCAGAAAGUCACCGUCAAAGUUGUGGCCGCGAACGAUCUGAAGUGGCAAUUGGCAUCAGGCAUGUUCAGGCCGUACGUUGAGGUGAAUCUAAUUGGACCGCAUCUUACUGGCAAGAAGAGGAAACAAUCGACGAAAUCGAAGAGCAAUAACUGGUCGCCGCAAUUCAACGAGAGCUUUGACUUUAUGAUUGGUAACGAGCAACAACAGCUAGACUUCUACGAGUUGCAUAUCUGCGUGAAGGAUUAUUGCUUCGCGAGGGAAGAUAGGCUCGUCGGAGUCGCGGUGAUGCAGCUUAAGGACAUCGUCGAGGAGGGCUCGUGCGCGUGUUGGCUGUCGCUCGGCAAGCGUAUCCAGAUGGACGAGACCGGCUGGACGAUCCUGCGCAUUCUCUCGCAGCGCAACAACGACGAGAUUGCCAAGGAGUUCGUGAAGCUAAAGAGCGACAUCAGGCAGGAGACACUGCUACCGAAUCCCACUUGAGGAGAUACGACGUUGCAUUAAUAAGCCGAUAGCGAAGCGACUCGAGUACUUCGAGCUUGGAAAGAGCCCGAAGAGGAGAAGAAAAAAAAAGAGCAGAAAGAAAAGGAGGAAGAGAAGCAGGAGGCCGUCCAAAGGGGAUUAGCAUUUGAUGCCUUCGGUGCCACAAGCGAACGAAACCUUUCACGAUUCCGCGAGAGAGAGUAAUUCGCGCGAUUCAUCCGGCGAAAACGAUCGCCCCAAACCCUUCCGCCCUUCUUCGCUAAGAAGCACACGACCUAGGGAGGGACAAUCCUAGCAACGGGAUUUGAUUUACCGCGAAGCUUCUUCUCUCCAUCUUUCCUCGCGCUGUGGAGUUCAGUCGAGCGUAAUUCCUCUCCCUUUUUUACGAGACUCAUACACACACAUAUACACACACAAAGCUUCAACCCCGUCCCUGGACAGCGACGACGCACCGGGAACUAUCAUCUUCCACAGAUCUCGAGAUAAGACGACGAGCUAGGUGAACCCCGCGUUCGACUUGGCGCUCGUCCUGCGUACUAUUACAAUAAUGAAAAAAGGGUGAUUCCUCCCUCUUGCAUUUAUAGAGAGCUAAAAUAAUCGGAGGAAGCGGAGCUCGACAACGACGCUCCAGUACUACAUAAGACACAUCGGACUCUUCUUCGUGGGUGUGUCGUAGGCGUGACGCAGAAGGAGACGAAGAUACGAAGGAGAGAGUGUUCGCUAGGACAAAGACGCGAAACGUGAAAACAGUGCUGCCAGUACGCAAUAUAUUUGGUAAUAUUCGUAACGUAAGAUAGGACGAGAGAUUAACACCGCGAAGAACUCAAGUACGGUGCUUCGCGCAGAAGGCGACAGAGACUCUCUCGAUCGGACGCGCCGCCGUUCGCCGAAAGACUGAUUUCGAAAUGGAAGAAGACGAAUAAGCGAGUCCACGUAUGAUGGGUCCUUGAUCGCGACGCGGCCGCAUAUGCUAGAGACACAGAGCGAAAUGCGAUGCGUACAUGGAACCGCAAAGUUUACGUGCCACGCAUACAUACACAUUCACACAUUACGUUUACACGCGCGCGAUACGACCGCGUCGUUUCUAGGCCGUUUGUUCGGGAGGACGAGUUUACUGUAGAUACGUGAAAACCUUGUUGAGACGAAGAAGUUUUUUCUAAAUAUACAGUUUAAAUGUAGCAUUGCGUACGACCAAAUAGGCACGCCCUGUGACGUCACGCAGCGGCGUGCCGUUAGUAAUAAAAACAGAAAAAAGUUAGUAAGGCAUUGUAAUUGUAAAUUACGUUCUUAUUCGUAAGAUUAUACCAGAAAUGAUCGUAAGAGUCUGACUGUUGCUGAUGCUGUUGCUGCUGUUGCGAAUGAUACCGAGAUCCGCCCGAAAGCUUCGACAGUUAUACGCGAAAGCAGUGUAACUAUUCCAGACCGUUGCGAGUGGAAGAUGUACACGCGUUGAUCCUGCGUCUCCAGGAAUCGUAUGUUAACAGGCAGGCCCGACACGCUACAAACGCGAAUCCUCGUUCUAUGAACUGGCGAGCGAGCGAGCCUACAAAAUUGAACUUUACACUCCUGUAAUUGGUGCUGUCGGUACUCGGAUACUCGGGUAUUUUGAAUAUUAUCUAAGUGUGGCCGGUUACUUUGAGAUAUUAUCAAAAUUGCGAGUUGGAUAAUAUUCGAGCUAUCCGAGUAACAUCCGUGAACUUUGACAGUGCUAUCUGUAAUCUUGUAGCACGCGCAAGUAAUUAUACCGUAGCUUUUGAUUCCUCUUUAGCUAUCGCUGUUUUUUACGGCAACGCCUAUUUCCGAAUACGACACGAGGCGCACUGGACUAUUAUUAUUAUUAGUACAACUAUUGCUACCGUCUAGCUUCAGCGUGUCUUGUUCAUCUUGCCUCGUGUGCAUAGCGGACGUUCGCCCGUCCGUAGAAACAUCUAUUGCGUUCUCGCCGAUCUCUCUUAUCGGGCCAGCGGCGAAAGUGGAUGGAAAAUGAUCGGUACUCUCUUCGCCACAUCUACUACGAUCGCACGAAGCUUCGGUCGGAUCCUUCCGUGAGAGAAACUCGAAGGCACGUGACCUCGUAUCCGAUGAAUCCAGUUAACGUCCAGCCCAGGGCUGCAGAGUCGGGCGGGGCAGGUACAACACAACUCCGGAGAUUAUAUUCGCUAUUAUAUUCAAAAGUUUCUACUACGUAGUACGUCUAGAUUAUACUUACGUAUUGUGUAUAGUGUCUAAAACUACUGAUGUAGCUGCGAGCGCGGGAUUUUCGAUCGGCAGAUAGAGAAAGAGAGACGAGAGUCAUCUAAAAAGUGAACGAUUAUUUCAGCUGCAGGUGCUUACCAAAUUUGAAUACAUCGAAGCGGCUAUGAAUGGAAGAAUUCUGUGUAACAAUGUUCAAAUUUACUUCUUU